AUGCACGGGGCAACCGAGUAUAAGGUCCACACAACUGUCACUGCUACUGCUACACAAGAUCUCCCAGCACAGUUUACCGGUUGCCAUGCCCAUGGUGCUGAGACAUACUGCAAUGGCCCAACCGGAGAGGAAGUUGAGAUCACCCUGGCCACCGCUGAGGAGGACCACGACGACCACGGUCAUGAAGACUCGGAGGAACUUGAUUGCCACUUCCACGCUGGCGUCGAGCAUUGCGUCGGCAAAGGGGGCGAGAAGGUUGCCAACACCUGCGAAAGAACGCAGCGUGACUACAACAUCAAGCUUCGUGUUGGCUUGUUGUUCGUCAUGUUGGCUACCAGCUCCAUCGGUGUCUUCACUCCCAUUCUCAUCUCAUCCUUUGUGUCGCCCAACCACAUCGUAUUUACCAUUCUCAGACAGUUCGGCACUGGCGUCAUCAUCUCAACCGCUUUUGUCCACCUCUACACUCAUGCUGUACUAAUGUUCCAGAACGAAUGCCUCGGCAAGCUGCAGUACGAAGCCACAGCCUCUGCCAUCCUCAUGGCAGGCAUCUUCCUUUCCUUCCUCAUCGAGUAUCUUGGCGUUCGUUUCGUCCAAUGGCACCAAGCCAAGCAACAGGCCCACAAGGCUGUUUCCAGCGACGGUGAGCAGCAAGGCCCGGCCCCAGGCAAAACCGACAUGGUCAACAUCACCGUUCUUGAAGCCGGCGUCAUCUUCCACUCCCUUCUUAUCGGCCUCACUGUAGUCGUCGCCGGUGAUUCCUUCUUUGGCACCCUGUUUGCCGUCAUUGUUUUCCACCAAAUGUUCGAAGGCAUCGCUCUUGGCACCCGCAUCGCCGCCCUCGGUCACCCCAGCGCUGCCACCGCCCACAGCGGCGUUCACGGCCACGGUCACGGUCCGGGUCAUGCGCACUACCACCCCGAGCCAAAGCCCGCCGCUGAGAUCGCCCCCGCCGGAGAGAUCGUUGCCCAUGCUCCCAAGGAAGGCCACAACCACGAACACGGCCACGACCACCUCGCCCUCCCUGAUGCGCACAAGACGGCCAAGAGCGGAAGCGUUUCGUCCUCCGAGAACAGCACCACUGCGGGCGAACUCGCCCCUCACGUCCCCAUGUUCAAGAAGCUCAUGCUUGCCUUGGCUUUCGCCUUGGUCACACCCAUCGGCAUGGGCAUCGGUAUCGGCGUUCUUCACACAUUCAACGGCAACGACCCUUCGACUAUCAUCGCUAUUGGCACCCUCGACGCCUUCUCAGCCGGUAUCCUCGUGUGGGUUGGUGUGGUGGAGAUGUGGGCUCACGACUGGAUGUUGGGAGGGGAGAUGACCAAUUCUGGGCCGCUGAAGACCGCUCUGGGGUUGAUUUCCAUGGUGGUUGGCUUGGCGGUCAUGAGCUUGUUGGGCAAAUGGGCGUAA